CUUCUUCGUCCUUUGACAAAAAAAAAAAGAAAAAAAAGCCCUAGCAGUCUGCUUUUCUCAACUUAAGUAUGGGCGAAUCCACCAUCAUCAAAGGGUUUGAAUCGAACGGUAAUGAUGCAUCAGACAUUCCAAAACGCCGUGGCUUUAGCAGGAUUAGCGUUGAGGGAUAUGAAACUUCGCUUCAUGCGUAUGAUCUCAAGCUCGCUCUGACAAAACAUUUCGCUUCAUGUGGAAAGAUCAUAUCUAUUUACGUUCCCAGAAACGCUGAAAAGGAUACCAUCCAGAGUUAUGCCUUCAUGCAUAUUGCCGGAGAAGGUGCCCUUGAGAAGGCGUUGGAACUUAGUGGAAGUGACGUCGAGGAGGGAGGAUGGCGUGUAUACGCUAAGGAGUCACCUUAUCAGGGACAAUACAAUGAUCCUGCGGGAGCCAAACACUUGGAGUCAGAACGCCAGAUUGGAGUUACGGGUUAUGACACUUCGCUCCCUAAGAUUGAUGUCCAGAUCGGGCUGAGUAAACAUUUCUCUUCAUGUGGAGAGGUGACCAAUGUUUCGAUUCCCACAGAUGAUAGUGGUGGUCUCUACAGGUUUGCUAGCAUUACUAUUCUGGGAGGAAAAGGCGCAGUAGACAAGGCCCUUAAACUUAGUGGACGUAACGUGGGAGGAUGGAAGAUUACAGUUGACAUGGUUCUGCCGCCACCGGACAUGGAAAGAGGGUCCCCAUCAUUAUGUCGUCGUUCUGCUCCUAAGAGAGCUUAUAAGAUGACUGUGAAGUAAAAAGCUCCUGAAGAGUAGAAUUAUCUCUCUUUGGUUGGUGUUUUAAGCUUGUGCAACUCCCUCUCUCUCUCCUAGUACUCCGGUUUUUUUUUUUUUUUUGUGUUUGUCUGGAUGUUAACGGUAUUGCUCAAUAAUCAAUCACCAGCUACCUUCGUUAUGACCUUAGUACUGUUUUCUGGAUGUUAACAGUAAUAUCUAUAAUCUCAUUAUUAUCUGCCUUUCA